AGGUACUGAUAUGCUUUCCUGUCGUUCACUUAAGGGCCAGUGUCUUAAUCUACUAUGGCGACAAAAAUCAUGCUUAUCCAGUCUGCAGAGUAAAAAUGUGGCAGUGAGAAAAUCAGAGAGUCUUAGAAAUAAGCCCAAACUUGAAGAACUAGUUUUUGGAAAGUUUUUCUCUGAUCACAUGUUAGUAUGUGAUUACGAUGAUGCUGAGGGGUGGAAAGAUCCUCAGAUUAUGCCCUUUGGAGAUUUCCAGCUUUCCCCGGCAAUCUCCUCACUACAUUACGCUAUACAGUGUUUUGAAGGAAUGAAAGCGUACAGAACUUCAGAUAAUGACGUCAGAUUGUUCAGACCAAAUCUUAAUAUUCAGAGGAUGCAGCGCACUGGAAAAGUGCUGACAUUGCCGGAAUUUGACGGAGACGAGUUCCUGAAACUAUUAAAACAGUUAAUACAGCUGGACAGUGAUUGGGUCCCAGACACACAGGCAGCUUCCCUUUACAUCAGACCUACUUUUAUUAGUACUGACCCUGUUAUUGGAGUAAAACACCCUUCUAAAGCGAGGUUAUUUGUUAUUACUGGACCUGUUGGACCGUACUACGAACAAAAAGGUACGGAACUGUUCAAGUCUAUAAAACUGAUGGCAGAUCCUCAGUAUGUAAGAGCUUGGGAAGGUGGGAUUGGAGCUUUCAAGGCUGGAGGGAACUAUGCACCAACAAUACACAUACAGAAGAUCGCACAGACCCAAGGGUGUCAACAAGUUCUGUGGCUGUACGGUGAUGACAAACAGAUGACAGAAGCAGGAACCAUGAACUUUCUUAUCUACUGGAUCAAUAGCGACGGAGAAAAAGAGCUGAUAACUGCACCUCUGGACAGUGGUCUGAUUCUUCCUGGCGUGACACGGCAGAGCGUUCUGGAUAUGGCUAGAGAAUGGGGAGAAUUCAAAGUGACGGAGAGAAUGGUAACGAUGCCUGAGUUUAUAAAAGCAGCUGAUGAGGAGAGAAUAAUAGAAGUAUUUGGAGCUGGUACAGCCUGCAUGAUCGCUCCUAUAGACUGCAUUCUCUACGAGGGACAGGAUAUCAAUUUACCCACCAUGACUAGUGGGGCUAAGUUAUCUAAAAGAUUGUUCGAAGAAUUGACUGCUAUUCAGACGGGUAAAGUUGAACACUCCUGGUCCCAAAGUAUCUACACCUGAGCUGACUCUACGUUUGUUUCCACAAAAAUUAUAUGGUAGUGUAUGAAAAAAUGUGUUUAUAG